AGCGCUGCGCGGUGCGGUGCGGUGCUGCGCGGGGCUCGAGGCUCGCGGGCGCGGGGCAUGGAUCCGGGCGCGGCGCUGUGGGCGGCGGCGGCUCUGGUGCUGGCGAUGGUGGUGGCGGCGGCGUUGCUGAGCCCGGCCGCCCGCUUCCAGGCCAAGGUGGCCGGCUACUGCGUGCUGUGCCUGGCCGUGUCCGCGCUCACCAGCGCCGUCUGCCUGCUCUGGAACCGCGGCCGCACCGUGCGCAACAUGAGAAUCAUCAAAACUGCUGUCAAGACCUUCAAAUACCUUUAUGGCCUGAGGUUUGAAGUGAAAGGGCUGGAGAACUUCAAGGUGGGCAGCCCCUGCGUCAUCGUGUCAAACCACCAAAGCAUCCUGGACAUGAUGGGCUUGAUGGAAAUCCUUCCAGAUGGCUGUGUUCAGAUUGCCAAGAAGGAGCUUUUGUACACGGGCAGCGUGGGACUAGUCAUGUACCUGGGCGGUGUCAUCUUCAUCAACAGGAAGAGCACGAGCAAUGCCAAGAUGGUGAUGGCGGAUGUUGCCAAGACCAUGCUGUCCGAGAACGUGAUGGUAUGGAUCUACCCAGAGGGCACGAGGAAUGGGAACGGCGACCUGUUGCCAUUCAAGAAGGGAGCCUUUCAUCUUGCCAUACAGGCACAGGUCCCGGUCGUUCCCGUGGUGUACUCCUCCUUCUCCUCGUUCUACGACCGGAAGAAGAACCUGUUCACAUCAGGUAAAAUCCGGGUCGAGGUUCUCGAGCCCAUUGAGACCAAGGGUCUGACCCCAGAAGAUGUCACCGAGCUUACCAACAGAUGCUACUCCACCAUGAGGGAGACCUUUUUCAGACUGUCGGGUUUAGUGAAUGAACCGAAUGGCUCUGCCCGGACCCAUUUGCAGUAAUUUUGUCGUAUGUCAGGAACUGAGAGGACUCUUUCCAUUGCCAGAUAUCCAAGGGGUUUUUCUUUCUGUGCAGCCAGCUUGGAGCCCAUUCUGACUCCGCUGCGAGUAACGUAGGUUGGCAAACGGCGUGCCGGGCCGGCUCCGCAAUUCUGCUGUGUAUCGAAUCUCUCUUGUGGGGUCCUUGAUUCCUGUUGAAAUGUCUCCUGCAUUUUGAGUUUCUCCUACACCCAGCUCAAGCUAAUGAGAGGCUCCGUGCCCAAUGCAGCGACUUCACGACCACUAGUGGAGGCUUGGGUAUUGCCUCUGGCCAGGUUGGUGUUUUGUAAGCCAGCCAGUCCAGGGGAUAUUGGAGUAUGCACCUCCAAGAGCUCACCGCCCAGCUUGACAUCCCCCCCCAUUGCAACGGGCACGUACAGGAUUAAUGCAGCAGCCGUCCUCAUGCUGCCAGUUUCUUGUACCCAUGCUCUGGAUCUUGGCACGAGAUGGUGGCACUGAUCCUAGGCAAGUCUCUUGCUCACAGUGGGCAGCUGUUUUUUUCUGAAGGUGCCUGCCCAGCACCAGGUCCUGGUGGUAGCUCCAUUCUUUGCAGCAUCUUACCAAAUGCAAAAGGCACAAGUAGGGCAGGCUUGCACUGAAGAGCUGCUCUGGCGGGGAGGUGGAAAAGAACCUCGCCCCGCCGACCUGUACGGCUGUGCUAGCAAACCCCCGGUAUGGACACGCAGGUCUCAAAGCUGUGUCUGUGAGAUCACCAGAUGUUUAGGAAGGCCAUGUUAACAUUUGGGAGUCCUGCUAUCCUGUGCGGUGUUUCCACUAGAGGGCUGUCCCGGUACAGUAUAGCAACAUUAGCGCUCUUAGAGAAGCCUACGGCAUCUGUAAAACCAUUGGCGAGCUGUUCUUCUGUCCUGGUAGGAGGAUGAAUGACGAGAGCCAGUGACUUCCCACAGGACAGAAGUAUGGAUGAUGCUCUUUGAGGCAUGAUUUAAGGAGGAUACAUGCAGUUCUUAUUUCCCCCCCCCCCCCUCCCAUCUACCCCAGAGCAGAACCGGGAAGCAAAGCAGAGGGUCUUGUACCUAAGAUCUCCACUAACCAUUCUGGCCUUCUUGCAGGGGAAGUUGACUUUUCUUUAAAUGCAGAACUUGCCAUAAGUGAAGCUGGACAAGGAUGGGUGGAAUUUGUGGCAUUGGCUACCCUGAUGUCUCUUCUAGAAAUCGAGCUUCCACAUCCAAGAUGGACAAGUUUUGGUUUUUUAGGACUUUUUUUUUUUCGAGGGAUGGGGUGGAUGUGAAGAGGUCAUGUCUAACACACAUCUGGUAUGUCUUGAGUGUGGAUGAAGCCUCUCUGGUGUCUUGCCAGAAUGCAGCUCCCCGUGGGUAUGUCUCUUUUUUUUUGUAAAUACAGGACCUGUUCUGCAGCAGUAAGGCCCAAGUACUAAAAUAACAGGCUGAUACACAUCCGCAAGACCUUAGCGUGAUGUCUCCACGCUCUGGAAUUGCUGCUAGCAUCUCUGACUCCUGUAUGAUCUCAUUCCUGACCAUGUGCCUUGCUCAUGGCAUAGUAUCCCAUUGGGUCUCAUACUAGGGAGGUGCAGAUUGCUCGGGACAGUCCCUUGGUAUCAGUUGUGUUGUAGGUUGACAUUUUUGUUGUGUUUAAUUGGGUGUGUCCUAAAAUACCUGUUGCUUAUUGACCUUAAGGGCUAUGCAAUGUUGAUCUAACCCCUUGAAUUGCAGCGUUGACCAAAGCACAAGGCUUGUUCCAGCUUGUCUGAGAACAUUUAGCCUUGCUACCACUAGCCGAGGUGGUUGUAAAAGCAAUAAUGUAAACUGGUGUGGGACGUGCACACUGAACAGGCCAAACGGGUUGCAUGGAGGAUAGCCUUUUGCUGCCACUUUCUGGGCAUAAAAGAAAUAAAAAUCCCAGGGAUUUGAUGGACUCGGAAGCCUUAAAUGCAGAUCUGUGAGUGUUGCCUCUGCCUUGUAAAGAUGGAGUCAAGGUGCACCUAACCUCCUGUCCAAGGGGCAGAGGUGGAGACGGAGAUCUGGGCAGCUGAGGUGGUUCUGCUUGGCUGCCAAGGAUGCACAGUCCAGGGCUCAAAGACCUAACCCCAACUGGAAGUAACCAAACAAGAGGACCCUCAGUUAAAUUUUGAGUUUACAAACCAACACAGAGGUGCCCAUCUGAGGCCAUCCAUCUGUGGGGUGCAUCUGGAAGGGGAUCUGAAUUGAAAUCAAACCAGCACUUUCUUUUUGUGUGUGUAAGAAGAGCAGACAAGUGGCUGCAUGAUGGAGGCAAACCACCCUGGAGCUGUCCUAGGCUCCCGUCGAGGAAAAGCUGGGGGGUGGGCGUCUGACUUUGCUGAAGAGGACGAUCUUGCAAGUGUUGCUCUUGUAUUUGCCUAUGGAGAACGGAAAAGUGCCUCUGUGCAGUAAGGGAGUUGCCUGCUGCUCUGUACUGAAAAUAAUGUAUUGGAGGAAUGCAUCUACUUUUUAUAAAAGCAAUUAUUUCAA